ACAUAUACUCAUUCAUAGAACCAAUCAAGAAAGAGUGUUGAUCUGUAUCAAGUCGAUUCAAUUCAAUAAUUCAUAAAUUUGUAUUUUAUACAAUCAAAUCAUGUCUGACGAUAAUGCAACCGCUGUUGAUGAGAAGAAAAAAGGCCGUGGCAGGCCAGCUAAGGGCGGCAGUGGAGAUUCAAAUAAAGCAGAAAAAGUAGAGUCUCCCAAAAAACGUGGAAGACCACAAGCUGAAAAGAAAGAACCAGCAAAAAAACCUGCACCAGCUGCUAACAGUGGUGGUAGUGAAGAAGAAGACGAUGAUGAACCAACUCCAGCAAAACGCGGCCGUGGCAGACCUAAAGGAACAACAAAAAGUAAAAAAAGUAAAUCAAAACCAAAAGGUGGUAGCGGCGGGCGCGGACGUGGCCGCCCAAAGAAAGAAGAGAAAGAAGAUUCAGCCGAAGAUGACGAAGAUGAAGAUGGCGAUGAUCAAGAUGGUGAUGAAGAAGAAGAUGACGAUGAAUAAAGUAUAUUAGCACAAUAUUUAU